CAGCCGGAUCUGAUCUGCUGACGUGUCGGCUCCUUCAGCUCUCAGUGCUCAUGCUCCAGCGGCAGAGGCGAGCCAGUCAACACAACUGCCAGCAUGGCAGCAAAACAUUUCUACCGACAGGGCUUUUUAUUACUUUUAUUUAAUUUUAUCUCCACUGCAGCCUUGGAAAAAAGGUUCUCCGACUUUAAAAGAUGCGCCGAUGAGGAGUGCAGCAUGCUUCUGUGUCGGGGAAAAGCUAUCAAAGAUUUUUCGGGACCAGACUGUCGGUUCCUGAAGGUCAAAACAUCAGAAACUAUCUAUGUAUACUACAAACUGUCAGGCAGAAGGACCGACAUAUGGGCCGGAAGUGUUGGAAGUCACUUUGGCUAUUUCCCAAACGAACUUCUUGCAGUUAACCACCUUUAUACUGACAAAGAAGUUGAAGUUCCGGCAGAGGAAACAGAUUUUGUCUGUUUUGACACUGGAUUUGAUAAGUUUGAUAACUACGACAUAGAUUUACUGCUAGGCUCUUCACUGGAGGAGAAUGAUGAUGAAAACAAUGUAACAUCUGACCAAAUUCAAGUGGCAGAGGGGGAGCAGGAAGAAACACAGCCAUCAGCAGAAGAGCCGACUGAGCAGCACGAUAACUCUGAGUACCUUGAUAACGUUCCAGAUGAUCAAAGUGCCUCUUUACCUGAACUGGACGUGGCAGCUGAAUCACCUCCUCCAGAAGGAGAACAGUCCGACACCGCAGCUACACCCAGUGCUCCUGACAGAGCUGCAGAACACACACAAGUUGAGAAGAACGCAGUCGUGUCCUAUAUUGAAAGUGCGCCAGAAAAUAGUGAAACCAAAGAAAAAACCACAAACUCUCACGUAGAAUCUCUGCCCGAAGAAGAUUUUGCUUCGGAAAACGAACCAGUCACGAUUUCUGAAGGAAUGCAAAUCCCUGAGUUGAAAACAACCCUUGGAACAACUUUUGACGCCGUCACCACCGAAGACGAAAUCACCACGAACGUUACCCCGUAUGAAGACGAGGAAGGCGAAGAUGUGGAAAAUCAUCCCGAAGAAGACGUGGAUGUUAAAGCAGAAACUCCAUUGCUGUCUUUUUCCAAAGAAACCAUGAACACUCCGGCAUCAGAUUCCCUGAAAGAGCAUGAAAGUCCUCCAACUACACAUGAUGAUAAACCAGAGGCCGCGGAGGAGAAGAACGUGUGGACAUCAAUUGGAGAAGCUGUUUUUUCAGUUGUCACAGGGGGAGAGCGGACAGCACAAGAAUUGAGUUCAGAGGAAGAUGAUGAUGAGGAGGAAGAGGCUGCUUCAACAACCAAUCCGAGUUUUAAGGAAGAAACGACGGCUGGAGAAAGAAAACUAAUAUUGGUAGACUCACCUACAGAGCCUGAGAACAUGGAGCCAGACGUAUUUGAUGGUGACGACGAUGAGAGUGAUGCAGAAGUGAUCGGACAUGCGGACGCUUCGGAGGAAACUCUCAAACCAACUGGUGUGCCGAUACACCAUCAAACAGAAGCAACUCGAAUAUCAGUGGAUCCGGUAUCACAAGUUGAUACUUCUGCCAUUCAUGAGGCUCAAAACUCUGAUGUUAAAACAACAGAAGAACCCAUUGAGCAAGAAGACGAAGAAGAGGAGGAGGAGGGGGAAGUGGAGGAGGUUGGGGAGGAAGAGGAGGUGGAGGAGGUUGGGGGUGAGGAGGAGGAGGAGGAGGAGGGGGAAGUGGAAGUGGAAGUGGAGGAGGUUGGGGGUGAGGAGGAGGAGCAGGAAGAGGAAGAAGAAGAAAUGUACAAAGAUUCAGAGGUUAAUAAUGAUAAUGACAGUAGCGUUGUAAUGGAGCAUAGUGAGGAUUUGGACAAUGAAUUGGACGAAAACAAAGCGGUGACGAAUCUAGAAUUAGCUGGUACUGAAACGGAAACACAGCAAGAGCCGAUCACUGAGGAGACAGAAUCCGAUGUAAAAGAUGAUGAAAAGACAGUCGAUGAAAGCCUUCCUCAUCACAUACUCGACCACUUAAUGAACGAUUUCGAGAGUAAUAACAGUCAACCAGAAUUAUCUGUGGAGGGACCGGAGAUUCACAAGGACCAUCUUUCAGAUGAAGAGGAGAAGGAGAUACAGGAAAAGAAAGAAGAAUUACUUGAUGAUGAAAAUGCACUUUCUUUCUCACAAUCUGCCAACAACCCUGAACCCUCCCCUGAAACGGCUCGGCCCACUGUGCCGACUCCAGAGCCAGAAUACAGCGACAGCGUGAUGAGACUGACUCUGCUUCGAGACCAUUUCACAGAGGAGAACAUGCAGCAGCUCCAAAAGCUUCUGGGUCUCAGUAAUCUAUUCAAAGUGGAGGCCAUGUUCUCUGACCUGGACAUAGAGUUGCAGGCUACCUCACACACGGGUACCACGCAAGACAUUGAAAACGCACUCGAGCGCAUCUUGGAGGACUCUGAAAACGCCAUCCUGGACGAGAUCGAGAAGAUGCUGGAUAGCCGGAGCCCAAAACGCAGUUAUGACCAACAUGCAGACACAAGCAUUUUGGACAAGGAGACUGAAAUACUGGAUGACUUGCAGGAGCUCGCAUUCAGCCUCCGACAGAAGUAUUCUACAGCCAAUGACAGCACGCCUUUGGCCACAGAAAAAGCAUCAAGUAUUGACCAAGAUGAACACAAGUUACAAGUAAAAGAAUCCAUGCCCCACAUCGUUGAGGAAGAUAAGGAUGACGGUGUCCCUGAAGCUGAGAGCAAAAACAACCUCACAGUAACAAAACAUGAGGAAAGGCCAGCAGAGUCUAAAGAAGACCAGAUGGUUUUGGACGAGGCACACAGUGGGCCGGAUGUCAGUGUGGAGGAGGAUGGCGGACACUUUAAUAAGAACAAAGAUAAUCAGCCUAUCUUUAGUGCAACAGAUGAGAUGCAGGAGGUCCCUCAAGCCACCCUGGAAAAUCCCUUAGACAUGGGCCUUGGUGUCGAGGUUGAGCCCUCGUCUUCAGGUUCUUUGGACUCCAUGGGACCAGUCUCUGAAAUUCACGAAGAAGAAAUUGGAUUAUUUUCCACUGGGAUGGUUUACAUGGGCUGCAUCCUUUUGAUGAUCAAGAGUAAAAUUGUGGAGUGGACUAUUGAGGUGAUUUCAUUGCUGCCAGAAGAGUGGAAGCCAGGGGAAACGUUGUUUGGUUGUCCUUGGCAAGCUGUGGUCAUCACUGCUUUGAUUGGAGUAGUGACCUUCACCCUCUUCUUCUGGAGGACCGUGUUGGCAGUAAAGAAGAGAGAAUAUCUCGUGGAUGACAAAAGGCUGGGAGAGCAAAUUCUCGCGCUCAAAAAAGAGAAGAAUGACUCUCUCGCCAAAAUGUCUGAACUCCAAAAACAGACUGAACAACUGAAAGAAAAUCAAAAACAGGCAAAGACGACCGUUAGUUGUACAAUUAAAAGGAUCCAAGACCUGGAGAGUAAAGUUUUGGAGGCAGAAACAAGAAAUGAACACAUAGCUGAGGAAAAAAACAAAUGUGCAAAGCUACUCGAAGGCGAGAGGGCAAGCUCUCUGCAAAAUGGCACCAGGAUUGAGAAGUUAGAGAAGUCAAACGAGAAGCUACAGCUCAGCAGGAAAAAGAUUCAGGAGACUCUCUCUAAGACUGCUACUCUGCUGGACGAGGCCAAGAUUCGCGAAGAUGCCCGAAAAGUUCAUCAAAAAUGUCUUGAGAGAGACUAUUCGGCACUAAAAGAAGAAAAUAAAACGCUUAAGGUGACCAUUAAGACCUGGGAGGACAAACACAUGGAGCUGAACGAGCAGAUUAAAGUCUAUCAAAAGUCCAAGAAAGAGCUGGAGGACUCGGUGGUGCUCAAAGAUCACAAUGUGGAGGUGCUGUCUGAACUUCUGGCAGACCUAGAUGCUUGUGAUUUGCAGAAAGGUGACACCAAAGUUUUAGCCAAUGGUGAAGUCGCUCCCGUGUCUUUUUCAGACAAGAAGACUGCCAUAAAGAGCAGGAUCAAACAGAUGAUGGAUGUUUCUCGGGUCCAGACCACUCUCACUGUGGUCGAGGAAGAGCGUGAUCGCUUCAUGACCAAACUACUGAAUGAAGAAAAGACGAGAAAGUCACUGGAAGAGCAACACCAGGAGCUGGAGCAUGCAAUUGCAACCCUAAAAAGCGAGAGGGGCCAUGUUGAAAACCAGUUCAAGGUCCUCCAGCAGAAAAACGAAAUUAUGGUUGAAAUGUAUCAGCAGAAGGAAAAUGCUCUGCAACAGAGAUUAACGAAGGAAGAGCUGGAGAGACGCAGCAAAGAGAGUCAGCUGUCUGAGGUGGGAGGGAAAGCGGUUGAGGCCGAGGAGCAAGUUAAAGUCUUAAGGCAACGCAUUAAUGAAAUGGAGGACCAGAUGAAGAAGACGGAGGAGGUCUACAAAGAGCAGAUAAAAGAACAGGAAAACAAAACUCACUCAAACUGGGUAAAUGCUCGUAAUGCAGAGCGAGCUCUGAAUCAAGAGAAGCUUGAAUCAUCAAAGCUCCGUGAAAAACUGGCUGUACUGAUGUCCCAGCUUAAUGAGCGCCGCGCUCCUCUCUUCAGACCAAACUCUGGACAACCUGCAGGCCCUCGCCAAGGAGAUUCAUAUGGGCCCUCUCCUGUGAGUGGGGGUGCACCAUCCCCUCCAAUAAUGAUAGAGGGUCCCAGACGUCCUCCUUCUGCCCCAGUGGGGCGAAGAAUUGACCCAUAUGGUCCACGACCUCCAUCAGAUCCACAUGGUCGUUACCCUGAAAGCAAACACAUCUCGGGGAUGGACAUGAUGGGCCCCCGAAGCUCGUCACCAGCCAACCUGGACGUAUCUACACAGGCAGUAGAUCCACAGAUAAAAGCAGAGACAGAGGCUGAGGCCUCCUCAGACAGUCCAGAGCCAGGACCUGGAUCCUUCCUAGCGUCUCCGAUCAGGGACUCACCAGGCCAUAUGGUCCAAGGAUUUCCCCCUGGCCCCCAUGACCAGCUCCUCCCUCCUGGACCCCACCCUGGCCGCCUGCCACCGCCUGGACCUUACAGACCUCCAAGACCUGGCCUCUACCACCUUCCACCAGGUCCUCUUCCUCCUAAUGUACUUCCUCAUCAUGGGCCUCCACUACCAGCCAAUGGACAUCCAGGUAUGCCAUUGCCUGGACCAAUGGGAGGAGAGUUUGGACCUCGCCCUGCCAACGGACAUUCAUUCCACCCAAGGCCAGCCCCUGCACAUGUCUUUGAUCCUCGGGGUCCACUACCACCACACUUCCGUCCUCCUCCACCUCAUCACUUUGGGCCGAUGUCUCUGCCACAUGGUGUCCGUGGGCCUAUGGGGCCUAUGGGACCACGUCCACCUGUCCCUCAUGACAUACGCUAUCCGGGACCACGAGACCACAACAGCCCACCAAUGAACCUGCCUCCAGGCGUCCCUCUCCAUCCCGCACAUGGUGACGCAUAUGGUCACACUCCACCUGAUACCCUCCAUAACUCGCACACCGGCCCCAGACCCCAGGACCUGCAUGUGAAGCAGGAGGCCCCUCAGGACUCAGCGAGGCCAGCAAUGGUCAAGCCUUAAAGAUGCCACCAGCUGUGACAGAGGACUUACAUUUACCCUGAACCUAUCACAUAAGCACCCCAGAUCAAGUUUAAACAAAGGCCAUGAUUAUUUUCAUAUAUUUCAUUUAUAAAAUAAGAAAUGGCAAAGAUGUUUAUAAAAAAACGAAGAAGGUCCUUAAAUUAAAGCAUCAAUAAUUAUGUGUCUGAAAUCAAUGCGUAAAGAGUGUUUCCACUUUUCUAAAAAGCUUAUUGUGCAAUAAUUAAUUAUGCCAGAGGAUUUUUGUUGAUCUUUUAAAAAGUAUAUAGCAAUGAUUAUGGGGCAAUUUUUUAAAUGUCAUUUCCUGUGGAAAUUAUUUUUAAAAAGGAGGGAGUUUAGCUUCUAGCAUUUCAGGAAUUCCAUAAUUUCCCAAAGCUAUUUGUUUAGUCGACUUUAAAGCAAAUGUGUAAUUUGAUGGCCAGAUGUAUAACUUAUUUUACUAUGUUGGUAGAACUUUUAAUAAUAAAGAAUGUAAAAGCUGU